GUCCUUGAGUACCUGGGAUCGGCAGCCUUCUCCCGAGCUGUCCAAUGUCUUGACCUCGAGAACAACAGGAUGGUCUGUAUGAAGAUCAUCAACAACAACAAGGACUUCUUAGACCAGUCCCUGGACGAGAUCAAGCUGCUGAGGCUGAUUCGAGCCAAUGUGGACAAUAUCGACGACAAGAACUGUCUGGCACUGGUGGAUUAUUUCUACCACAAGGAGCACCUCAUCAUUGUCACGGAACUCCUCCGAGACAACCUCUACGAGUUUUCGAAGUACAACCGUGAGGCUUGUGAAGAGCCGUACUUCACGCUCGGAAGGCUGCAGAGGAUCUCGAAGCAGAUCCUGGUUGCCCUGGAGUACAUCCACCAGCUGUACUUGAUCCAUGCAGACCUAAAGCCUGAGAACAUUCUCAUCAAGAGUUACUCGCGCUGUGAGGUCAAGGUGAUCGACUUUGGCUCCUCCUGCUUCGUAGAUGAUCAGCUGACAAACUAUGUGCAAUCACGGUCAUACAGGACCAGAGCAUUAAGUUGGGGUUUGUUUCUGGACUCGAGUGUCAUGAGACCUACAGUGCAAGCUUUGCAGAGGGUGUCUUCUGGGCAGCUUGAACUUUGUGGCGGGACAGCUCUAAUGCGGUUUGGGAAUCCCAAGCUUCCCUUUGAAAAGUUUGGGAAGCUCCUGGGUUUUCUGAAUGCCUUGCUGCCGCUCCACGCAGAGCCUCCAUCCCAAAAUAUCCCCAAGCCGCCAGGGCUCCUGAAGUGA